UCAUUAAGAGUGUGCGUCCGCAAACGUCAGUUUGUAUUGGAGCGUUCAGUUGUACAAUAGAGAGGCGGUUAAACCAUCGGCCGAAUGAAUGAAACUUUGUUUUAAAAGACCUGUGUGUUAUGUCAUCGGUUUAAAGAAAACAGCAAAACGAGUUUUAUUGAAAACAAAGUUAUUAUUAUUUCCGUUUGCCUGAAACGUUGGAAUUAUUUUAACAUUAUUGUAUGAAUAAAAUAGGCGCAUUAUGAUAACAAGGGCGGAAAGUUGUUUGAUGUAAAAUUAAUGUGAAUAUAUGAUUCAACGGCGGAUCAGUGAAGCUUUCAUACACGACAUUAAAGCUUAUUUCUGUUCUACGCUUAAUAUUAGUGUUAUUGGCACACGGCAAGCGUAUGUGUAAACGAGUAAUGCUUAUGGGCACAAAGAAGAUAAUGAAUUGAAUCGGAUAUCGCCGGGGAAAAUAUUGGAUUAUGGUGGUGCGAAACAUUAACCUAUGUUGUUGCUUUACUUGUGCGAGGCUUUGGCUUAAAAUGACACACAAAAGGGAAAUAAUGAAAUAAAAAAACAUUUGCAAGUCGUGUUAUUUAUUAUCCAUGUUCCAAAUAUGAAAAAUAAAUUGAAUAAAAGGGAUCGAUAAUUGUAUUAUAAUUUUGUGGAUGGGGUUCUUUGUAAUAGGAGAGCGGAGUCAAUGACUUAUUCAAUUAUUAUUAUUGAUUGAUUAUCCGAAAUAUGAAACAUAUAUCAAACUAUUAAAGGAGUAUUACAGCAAUGGAAUUAUACUUGUUUAUUAAAUAAUAUUACUAAGUAUGAAUGGAGUUGUAUUUAAAUUAGAUAACGCAAUUAUAUUUUGGUUAGCGUAUAACAUGUAGAAAUAUUUUAGUCGAGCGUCUUUAAUAUCCUCAUCAAUAGAAUAUUAAAAUGUUAUUGUUGAACAAGGUCUCUUUAACUAAAUGACAAAACGACAUCGACUUAACUAAUUAAAAUGAUGAAUUCAAUAAUUCGCAGUUAGCGAUUAAAAAUCAAUGCUCAAUAAAAGUAGUGUUUGUAAAUAAUUGUGUUAUAAUUCGUAAUUAAACCCAUGCGAUAUUUGAUGAUACAAAAAAUGUAUCGGAUAUUACCAACUGAACAGCUAUAAUAUGUACAUGACAAGUGCAAAGAGCAUGGCGUCUAAAGUCACGUGGUGGCAUAUUGGGGCCAUCUUGCUUAUGAACGCGGCAGUCGUAGUUGCAGAAUUUCCAGCUUCCGGUUACAACAUCCAACCGGAGACGCCUGCGCCCGACUUCCUGUCGAGUCCAUUGAAUGUCACUUUCCGGCGCGGGGAGCUAGCCAUUUUGAGAUGCAGCGUGUACAACCUAGGAACCAAAACGGUCGUUUGGAGGCGACAUGAGCAUUCUUUUCCACUAACAUCUGGUUCGCUGACCGUUGUUGCAGACGACCGUAUACAGAUUGGUCACGUAGACUUUAAGAACCAAUGGGAUCUAAUGAUUAAAAAUGUGCAACCUGAAGACGAGGGCGUGUAUGAGUGCCAGGUGGCAUCAACCAAUAGGAAUAUACGGAGACUGGUCUCACUUACUGUAAUUGAUUCAAAAGCAGAAGCCAUGGAAAUUACCAUCAGCAGAGAACAGUACGUGGAACGCGGGGAACCAGUCACGUUACACUGCAACGUGACGGGGCAGCAUUAUACCCCGGACGAGAUAGACUGGUUCCGAAACGGGGAAAAAGUAACGUCGGAAAAACAUAGGCGUGUUAAACUGUUAAAGCAACUAUCAAUUGCUCAUAAAACGUUUACUAGUAUUUUGAGCAUAGAUAAAGCAACUAUGGAAGACAGUGGUGUGUAUGUUUGUAGGUCGUCCAAUAUGCAUAUUGCUAAUACGAAAGUCCACGUACUAAGCGGUAAGGACACAGCGGAGACGUCAAAUAAAAAGCGAGGAACAUAUCAUGAUGGGUAUGCUGAUGAACAUGUAUCAAGUGAUCAGAUGAAGUCGUCUGCAUCAACUAUUCGGCAGGCGACAUUCGCGAUUAUUUGCCAAUGUACUUUGCUUAUGUUCACAUAUUGCUACAAAUAAUAUGAACACGCUAUACUCACAUGAAGAGAAUUAUUUGAACUGCAAACUUGUGGAUUACAGCGUAACCAUGGUAUAUUACAGAAUUGUCAACUGACGUUUAUGCGGCUCUAUAAUUGACAUCGGCAACACAACACAUGAAUUAACACACUAGCAAAGUGUUGUUUAUGUCAUAUGUUAACGGAUGGCAUACUACAAAAGGCAAUACAACUUAAUUCCAACGACAUGUUCAAAACUGUGCGACAUUGCAGAAAGUGUUGAAGAUAUAACAAUAUCGAAAUAUAGCCUAUAAAUCAUAUGCGUUCGAAAACACAAUGCAGAUAUUAAUUAGAUUCAAAGUGCAGCAUGCGUGUUAUUUAUUGCAAGGUGUGUACACUCCAAAACAUUUUCAUUAAAUAAUGUUCUUUAAUUACUCUGCUUGACAUAUGGUUGUCUAUAUGCAUUGGCGUUUAGAAGCUUUUAAAUAUUUCAUGUUAAAAUAUGGUUAGUGAAUGCUUUAUCGUGUUGAUAUGCAAGGGGUACAGAUAUAAUCAUACAAACACUACUUUAAA